AUGGCUACUCGAAACCAGGAAGUUGAACGUCUUGCAAAAGACAUCAACCGAAUAGAUGUUUUUACAACACAAAAUCAAGAAACACUAAUGGGCUUGAAAGCAGCUUUUGAUCAGAUGCAAGCAACAUUUUCAAAACUGGAACAACAAGAUGAUACCCCUGAAAGGUACAAAGUUAGAUAUGCUGUUGUCCAUCUAGAGGGUAGAGCCUUGCAAUGGCAUCAAGGGUUUAUGAAAUCCUCUGGGAAACAGAUAUGUGAUGUGACUUGGGAUGAGUAUACAAGAAAUGCAUCCACUAGAUUUGCUGCAACACUAAUAGAGGAUGCUAUGGGUGCACUCAAGGCAUUAAUCCAAACUGGUGAACUAGAAGAUUACUGUGAUGAAUUUGACCUACUUUUGAAUAAGGUAACAUUACCUUAUGAGUAUACAAUUAGUUUAUUCAUUGAAGGGUUGAAACCUGAAAUUAAGUGUCAUGUCAAAAUGUUUAAACCUAAAACAUUGAGGGAGACAUAUUCUUUGGCAAGAUUGCAGAAUCAGUCAAAUAAGACCCUGGGUUUGGGUAGUAUGAGUAACACAGGCUCCACCAGUUAG